AAUGCAAGAGCAAAGCUCAUCGGCUAACCCUCUUCGCGGUCGAAGAGAGGUAGCCGGUCAACAAUUCUUAGGGAGGGUUUGCUUCGGUGGGAGACGAGGGAAGCGGCGUGAUUUUCGGCCCGGGCCCGGGCGCGAAAUCGGGUCUGACCACCCCUGACUGUUGUGGUCGGUGAGAUAGGGAACUGAACCUUGUAUACUAAUCAAUGACGCUCUGGGCGACUUUGAUACUUGAUCGAGCCGAGAUAAACUUAACAUCUUGUUUUAGAAGUCACCUGUAUGCAGGCAUACAAAACGGAAUUUGAAGCUGAAACUUCCGCUGUUGCUCCCUCUAUUGCUCUGUGCUCUCCAAGACUUCACGAUCACAAACGAUCUUCCUUAUUCUCCCGCUACUCCCCGGCCAGCCAACAACUGAGUGGUCAUGUCAAGCAGCUCAUCAGAUUGCUCAACUUGAAGAAGGGAAUAGAUGUACGGAUUGGCACCAUCAAGAGAGGAGCAGCACAAGAACGCUCAACUCAGCUGCUCAUUUCUCUCAUCCAAUCUACCUUCCGCCCCAGGCUAUUCCUGUUAAUAAUGACACAAAGCGUCCUCCCUGCUCGCCCAAAAGCAAUGCCUGAACCCAGCAUUCCAAUUUGCUCAUCUUUUUCAAUGUUCCAUUCUCCGUGUGCCCGUCUUCCCAGCAAAGCAUACACAUGCCUAAAAACACGCCAGCUUUUGUUCAGGACGGACAAGGUCACUCACAACCAUCCACCGACUUCUGUGUCAUGUCACAGGCCGCAGCACCUCAGAGAAACACAGCCUAUAAAACCAGAGGAAUGAACACACUCGACCCAUCAACGCCGCCAAUGCAAAAUCCGGAAUUGCCAUCCGCCAGCCAUAAAGU